AUGGGCCCAGCUCGAAAGAAAAAGAAGAACCGGGGGCAAAGGGCAGCGGCGGCAGUCAGACACAGCACGCAGCCAAAGUUGGGUUGGUUGAUGGAGUGUGCGUCGCGAUUUGCACCGUUCCGCCGUGUUCCAAGCCGCCCGUUGCCUUCGAUCUCCUCAGUCGCCCCGAUUCCCAAGCGGUGGGUCGGUUGGCGGGAUCGGGAGCUUCUCAAUUCACGCCCAGGGGGGUGA